AUUCUUUGCGAGCAAAUCCCCUGUCAAAGCCGCUACUACUACAACAGGGAAAAAAGCAAGUCAGACAGCUUUGUCUACCAUGGAGAAAACUGCGUCGAGUCAAAACCAUACUAUUAGGAGCAAUGUGGUUGCGUCGACACCCAAGAACCAGGUUCAGCCCCAAACAUUCAAUGCGGUUGAGCUGGAAAGGAAAGUCCCGAGUAAGAAUCCAGGCACACAUUUCUCUGGAAAGGAAAGUUUCACUGGUUUGAGUUGUGCUGUGAGCGUUGGUGAGAAGAGGAAGAGGAACGAGUGUAGUGAAAACCGCAGUGUUGUGCAUAAUAACAAAAGAGGCUCCAAUGAUAAUGGAGAUGAAGAACGGGGAGAAGAGUCUGAAAGCGGAAAGCAAGUCCAUGAUGUUGAUCGUUCUAAAGACCCAGCGUCAAAUGCUCAAGUGGUAGCUGCUGUGGAGAACUCUGGAGAGCUUGAGGUGGAUAAAAACUCUGGUUUAUCUGAUUCUGAUUCAGGAGGUGCACAACCAAAGAUAUCUGAAUGUGCUGGUCUAAAGUUUAACGACUUUGAUAAGCUGAGGAAAGAGGCAAAUAUUGGAUAUUGCCAGGUCUGGGCUCUCUAUGAUCCUGCAGAUGGGAUGUCUAGACAGUAUGCUCUGAUCAGAAAAGUUUUAGUUCCUUCUUUCGGGCGUAGGAUCACAUAUCUAGAGCCAGAUCCUGAUGGUGAGAAAGAGAUCCAAUGGUUUGAUGAAGACUUGCCUGUCUCUGUUGGUAAGUUCAGGUUUGGGAAAAAUCAGAACACUAAAGAUCGUUCCAUAUUCUCACAUCAUAUUAUUUGCGAUGGAAGCGCCGUGACUGGUCAGUUCAAUGUUUCACCAAGAAAAGGCGAGACUUGGGCCCUAUUCAAGAACUGGGACAUUAACUGGUCUUCAGAACCAGAUUCUCACCGCAAAUAUGAGUAUGAAAUUGUUGAGAUUUUGUCAAAUUACACUGAUGGAGAUGGUGUAUCUGUUGCAUUCUUGCAUAAAGCAAAAGGCUUUGCAAGUGUCUUCUUUCGAAUGGGAUCUGGGGAUGCAGAUACUUUUCAGAUUCUGCCUCACAGUUUAUAUCGGUUCUCCCAUAUGAUCCCUUCCUUCAAAAUGAAAAGAGUUGACAAAAAAGGUGUUCCAAAAGAUGCUUACGAGCUGGACCAAGCUGCAUUACCUGAAAAGAUCGAAGAGAAAACCGUCCCUUCUCAUCUAUUUGCAGAGACUAUACCAGAAGCUCUCCACUUUCCUAGUGAGGGAAAGGUUUACCAAACAGGUCAGAUCUGGUCAUUUUACAGUCGUAAUAGUAAAUUGCCUCUGAACUACUGUAGGAUUCAGAAGAUCACUCUAACUCAGGCAUUCGAGGAGGAAGCAGUAUUAAAAUUUCACGUAGGUCGGUUAAAGGCAAAACCUUUCCCUGAGAAUGUCAUCCAGUGGGAAGACAAGAAAAUGCCUGUUGGUUGUGGAACUUUCUUGGUGAGGGAAAUAAACGAAAUACUCACUACAGAUAAUGUUUCACAUCAGAUAGUUCCUCAAAUCUCCAUGGAUGGAAAUGAAUAUACUAUUCUGCCCAAGACUGGGGAUGUUUGGGUCAUAUACAGAUUCUGGACUUGUCAAAUGCAGUUCAAGGACGUGGGUUGCUGCGACUAUGACAUUGUCGAAGUUCUUGAUGACACCUUGGUCUAUAAGGUUAUAGCGUUGGAGCCCGUGUUGUUUUCCAAUGAAGAUGAAGAGAAAAAGACCUUCUUUAGAGCAGCUGAGAGUAAGCAUCCUGAUUGUGAUGGUGAGGAUGGGCCAGAAGCGAUAUUUACAAUCCCAAAGUCGAAAGCUCUCAGGUUCUCGCAUCAGAUUCCUGCUUCCCGAGUAACAAAGGAGAUACAUGGAGAUUUGAAAGAGCUUUUUGAAGUUGAUAUUAGAGCAUUACCUACAAACGUGAGGGGCUUCAAGACAAUUGAGGAAAGGAAGUGAAUGUAGAGAGGGUAGGGAAGGGUUCCUUUUUGUUAGUUUUUGGUGCAUUCUGUCAUAACUUUUGUUCU